CUACUAGAAAUCCCACCUGCUUCAUCUAGAGACACUUUUUUGGAAUUUUUGCUUUGGUUGGUUGAGUAAAAAAUGCCAAGGAAGAACAAGUUUCUUGGUGGGUAAAGCUAUUCUUUGCCCAUCAGACGACGAUGGUUGGUCUGCCUCUSUUAAUCCUUUUGGAUGGGAUGGCUCUUCUUGUCUGUUCCUUCUACCUCGUGGCUGGAUGCGGUUCGGUUUUGUUUCCUGCCUUUGUGGAAUCMUAAAGAAAAGGUUAACAAGCAGCAGGUAAAUUUAAUUUAGCUCACAGUCCUAUAUUCUAGAGACUAUAGUUUGUUUGAACGACGGGCAAUAGAUACCACACGACUACACGAUAUCAAUAUUUGCAAGUCUUCAACUUUUUCUKUAUCCGAGUGCUUCUACUCUCUUGACUGCAACAAUCYAAAGAUGUACAAUGGUGAACUCUCUGAUCGAUUGGUUGACUGGUUGUUGUUUAUUCGUUCGAGUCCACUAGUACAGGGCUGUUCUACAAGUCAUCCGUCAUUUGCAGGACAAUGUGUUCUUCCCCUGCUUUGAAGGCAGGUUUUCCCAGAAAUGGGCAGCUCGCGCAGCGAAAGGCAUCGCCGAGGUUGCACUUGCCACAGUCCGAGCUGGGAACCUGUGGCCGCUGGCGCGACGAAUCCGCCGCUCCCCUUUCUCCCGCCUGCUCCGCUUCGUAGAUUUCCUUGCGCCCACACGAGCAGUUGUCGCAGGGCUUUCGCCCCGCGCAGUCAUCGUCCUUUGUGGAAGCACCCAUCGCUGGCGGCGGUGCCAGCACGUCGUCGUCCAGGAGGCCGUCCUCGUCGAUCACGUCGUCGUCGCCGCCGCCGUCCAGUUCAAAGUUUCCCAGGUUCACGGUGACGGCGUUCUUUUUACGCAGGGGUGCGGCACCGAUUUUCGGAAUGACCUUUGGCUUCGUUGCCGUCAGAACCCGGCUUCCGUCUGCUUCGCGGCGUUCGCUGGCGCCCACCAACCCGGCCAAYAGAAAGGAGGUGUUGAUCGGUUGCAGGUCGAUUUUAGUGCUGUUCGAGCCCCGAAUCUGGAUGGUAACCACCGAUGUCGGGGAGAGAAARGGGGCCCAGUUGGCCAGCUCCAUGGGAUUGUACACGCUUCCGAGUUCCGAUCCAUCUAUAAAGACGUCGAGUUUUUCUAGCGAGGACGCAACGAUGCCAUUCUUGGCGGAAGCAAUAUCGUCUGCGUUCUUGGCGACAAACGCCCGAGAGUACGAGCUUGUGUCGCUAGCGGUAGCACUUCCCAGUUGGAGGCAAAUGGUUGCCAUUUUGGUCCCUCUCGAUGAGAAAUCGGUGAAAKCAGAUAUCAGACUUCGGUCAGUACGGGGCUGUGAAUCCGGUUUCCCACGAAAAAAACGAAGYGCUUCACGUUGUAAACGAAUGCGGUUGACAACUUCUGAUGUUCAAAUACAGWACCGUAGUGCUU